CGCCCAGGGUAGGGCUGAGGUUGGUUGGUUCGCUCAUCUAGCUAGCCCAACUGAACGAAUCCUCUGUUCGCCAGCUUUCUUCUCCUCAAUUGCUACGAUUUCUGUUACGAAAGCACUACAAGUCACUCUUUGGACCCGGCUCACAUUCAUCUACUUUCCUUCACCGUUUCCUUGCUUGCUACAGUCUCGUACGGUUGCUGAGCAAGCGUUCAAGUUCUCUCGACUUUUCCCAAAUUUUUUCGGUUUCACUUUCUCACUAAUUCAAUUGCUAGUCUCUGAAUCAUGUCCACACCAUCUGCCGGAAAGCCUAGACUGACGGGCAUUCCGACUCCAGGUAGAACAAGCAGCAUACCCACACCUGGUCGGCUCCGUUCUUCAUCUAGCGCAACUUUCCACCCUCCACAGUCCAAUGGCGACGAUGAAUACAUCGCGCAGGCAUUUGCGGAAGCUAUCAAAGCAAAUGACCCAAAUCAACACCGUACCUCUGAUUCUCUCACUGCGAGUCUCUCCCCUAAUACUGCCAACUUCUCUGCACUGUCAGGUCGCAGGUCUGUCGUAGGUCGAUCACCUUCUGUCGCCUCUACAUCAUCAUCUGUUGGCCGUCCAAGGACAUCUGACCCUCCGCUAUCUGCCUCCCUUGCUCGUCCUCCUAGUCGAACUUCUGACACCUUUGCGAGAUCCUCAAGCCGCGCCGGUAGAACAUUUGAUGUCGGAGAUCUUGUCCGCAUAGAGUCUCUCGGUUUUGAAGGUACUCUGAGAUACCUGGGCGGGAUCGAUGGGAAACCUGGUCUCUGGGCUGGCGUUGAGCUCUCUGGGGGUUUCGCAGGCAAGGGCAAGAACGAUGGAAGCGUUGCAGGGAAGCAAUACUUUUCUUGCCCACCACUCUGUGGCGUUUUUGUCGCAACGACUAAGCUGUCUGCUCCUACCGUAAGCUACGGCUCCAUUUCGCGUCCCUCAUCCGUGGCCUCCGUGAGGAACGGGCGCAUGACACCUUCGAUAUCUGGACGCGUUACCCCAUCUUCGUCUGUUGCAAAGGUUACUGGACGACCUGCUCAGAAGACGCCUUCCAUCUCUAGCGGUCGUGUAACACCCUCGUUCAUGAAUGGUCGUUCAACGCCCUCUACUUCUAUUGGUCGAAAGACACCUGCCGUCACGCCUACUGCCCCACGUAUACUUACCACAGUGCGAACACCUUCAGCCACACGUACGCGAAGUUCAACAUCAUAUCUGCACAAGACACCCAUCAAACAAACGAUGAAGGAGAACAGUAUCACCCCAGGUUCUCGCGCUUCAAGAUACAUUGGUAUGACUGCGAAGCAGCUGGGUAAUGGUCAUCACAGAGCUGGAUCCCUUGCUUCAAGUCCGAGUAGGAAAUUCGUUGAUACUGCUAGCCCAACAAGACUCUUUGGCAUCACUUCACCUACUCAAAAUGCCAAUUCACCCACACGGUCCACUGCGUCACCUUUCCAGACCCCAAAAGCACGGGUAGCCGGUCUUGGAAAUGGUACACCGUCGAGAGCUCGUUCCUCAAUUUCGACGCCCAAGGGUCGGUUGCCUAGUGCAGUUGCGAUGCCUCCACCAGCAUCGCCGUCUCACACGAACCGGUCUGGCUCUGGUUCUGGUACAGGAGAAUCUGUGUCAGAUCUGGAGUCUAACAGUCGAGCAUUGCAGGACAAGAUUGCGGAACUGAUGCAGUCUCGUGAUCGUUCGUCUCGUCCAGGCUCAUCUGCUUCUGUUCCUGCUAUGCCUUCUCCUCUACCAAGCGCUGCGCAUAAUACCGAACUACGGGAUGAAAUUGAGCGACUCAAUGCGAGGCUCGAUGCAGCCGAGGAUGAGAAUAAACGGUUACGGGGGAAUCUUGAGUCUGCUGAGUCUACUGCUGCAAGGCUGGGGUCUCUCACUGAGGAGCGAGACAAAGCGAAAGCUCGGGUUACCGAGUUGGAGGCGUCGGCAAGGUCGGCUGAGAGGUUGGUCAAGGAGCGUGAUGCUACUAUCGAGAGCCUGGAGAGGUCUGUGCAGCAGGUUAAUCUGAAUAUUGGGAAGGUCAGAAGUGAGGGCGAGGCGAAGGUCAGGGAUACUCAAUCCAAACUCGAAGACAAGGAGGCCCUUGUGACCCAGCUGAAGCAGCUCAUCGAGGCCAAAGAGGGAGAGCAGACCCAGAACAAUGAUCUUCUUCAGGCAAAGAAUGCCGAAAUUGCGCUGUUGGAGGCUCGUGUUCACAAAGCCUAUGUUGAGCUCGAAGAGGAGCGCAGGGAGCUUGGCGCGCAAGUUGAUGAGCUUCGCAAAGCUGGUCAGGAAACAAUUGCUCUUUACGAGGAGCGCCUCAGCGUCGCUGAUAGCAGGCGAUACGAAAUGGAAGACCUCGUUGCCUCUCUCGAAGAACAACUCCGAAAUGCAGUCCGUCCAACGUCACCGACAUCGGCCGCACGCCACGCUUCCUCUGCUGCUGAGAUCGACAACGAGACCCUUCGUAUCCAAGUGCAACAUCUACAGAAGAAGAUUGGCUCCCUCGAAGACUUGUUGGAAGACGCACGUGCUACUGCGGAUAGAGAAGAAGAGACCGUACGUGAACGAAUUGUACGGUACAAGGAGCGUGAAGAUGAGUUGCGCAAGGAGGUCAAUGAUGGUCGCAAAGAGAUCGAGCGCGUUAUGAAGUCUGAGGGGCAAGCGCGUUUGCGAGUAGAGGAGAUUGAGGAGGCUUUGAGGGAAAACACUGUUGCGCUGGAGAAUGCCAGAGCUGAGAUCGAAGGUCUCCGAAGCGAAGUCGCUCAUCUCGAAGGCCUUGCUGCUCAUGGCGCUGGUGGUAGUCCACCCAAGUCAUCCCAACUCCUGCAGGAAGUCUCGCAGCUCAAGGUUCAAUUGGCGGAGCAGCGUUCCCGUGCAAGUUCCGUGGCAUCGUUGCAUCCUCUCAAGGAAGAACUGGAUCAUGCGAAGGCUGACAAGGCAGCAAUUGAGGCAGCGUUGCAGAAGGAACGCGAGGCUGUCACCGAGUUGCAGUAUCAGCUGGAAGAACGCAGCACUGAGCUGGAAACGGUCCGCAAGCGACUCAACCGUGAUAUGCCUGUCAAUGGACUUCAACAGGAAACUGUCAAGACCUCGGCUUCUCCGUCCAAACAUGACCUCACUGCUGCAAGAGAGGAGAUCAAGGGUCUCAAGCACAUUGUACAAGAGCUACAGAAGGAGAACAGUGCGAUUGUCAAACGUAGUCAAGCUCUUGAGUCUGAGAAUAGACUGUUGUCCACUGAGAUUGAGCAGCUUCGUGAGGAUAUGAAGACUCUGGAAGACAAUGUGGAGCAAAGUUUGCUCCGAGAAGAGUCCAUGCUUAACGACAGUAUGGCCUUGUCCGACGUGCCUGGUGAUGCAGCGGCAAUGCAUCAGAACAUUCGCGAGCUUAAGCUGAAGUAUGAGUCCGAGCUUGAACAAAUGCGGAAACGUCUUACGGAAACGGAGAUGAAGAGUGCUCGUACGGUUCACCAGUUGAACAAGGAGAUUGGUGAACUGGAAACCUUGAUCGAAUCCAAGGUAAUGCUAUCCCCACUCUCCGAACUGAUUUUCACUCACCAUGAGAUCAUUCCCCACUCCGCAGAUCUAUCGGGAGGACGAGCUUGAACUCGAAGUCGAGAAGCUUCAGGAGCGCCUGGCUCGAAGUCAGAAGAAAUCUUCCAAAGGCCUACCUGACGUCGACGAACGGAGUAGCACAAGUAUUCGCAGCUCGACGUCAACCCUCCGAUCGGACAAAUCAGACGAAUCAGUCGUGAAGAGCUCUGCUGCCGGAGAAGAAGUGUGCGAGAUUUGCGAACGACCAGGACACGACAUAUUCAGCUGUGAUCUGCUGAAGGAUGAUGAGCCGGCAGGGAAGAACGAGAAGGCGGCUGAUUUAUUCUGUGAGGAUUGCGAGGAGCGGGGACAUACGGCAGCGAAUUGCCCGCACUCGUUGGACGUUUUCUGAUUAAUGUGGACGGACACGGUCAGUGGAGGUAUUUUCUUGUUGCUGUAUACUCUCGUUCUUCUGUAUAUCCCCACCUCUAGUAUACUGUGUUUUUUUUCGCAAUGAUACCCUAAUAUCACGGAGAGAUACGGGCCGGGCCGUCCUAGGUGACGAAUUCUGGUGCAGGCUGGUGUUAAAUGAGGCCAUGAUGUCAUUCCUC